CUUCCAACACCAGGUGCUGAAAAAGGAACACGUCGGGCGAUUUUAACUAUUCCUUUCGGAAAGGUAGUAUAGAAAUUAUUACUACUUAAGCCUAGGUUUCAUAGUUGAAGACGCGGCAUUGAGCAAACGUGGAUUCAUCACUAAACUGAACCCUCCCCAACCAAAAAAAUAAUUAACCGUGAUGAAACUAUACGCCUGUUUCAAAGUUUUUGGGCUAACGCUCAUUUUUGUACCGAUAAGUUUUGCCUCUGGUUAUCAGUGUAAUCCAUUUCCAAAAAGCUUGUACGCCGCUGAAAAUCGUGCACUGCAUGGAUUUGUAUACGCACGCAGACUGGUACGCUCCCGUGUAGUCUGCGGACGGGACUGCAGCAUGGAUAAGCAAUGCAAGUCGUUUAACUUCAACGACUGCAACCUUACGUGCGAGUUGAACCUUGUCACAAGACAAGAGCACCCUGGAGACUUUAGUGCAAGCCAAGGGAGUGUGUACUUUGAUGACGACGGGAACACGCCUCUCUACUCGCUGCCUGACACUGAUGGCUGCUUGAUCUCAGAUGCCAUUCCCCCUCCUACACCUUCAGUUACACCUCUUACGUUGCCCAAGGACUGUUCUGAAGCCUUUGCAAACGGCGUUACUGCAGAUGGUGUGUAUACGGUUCAACCUGUGGAUGAUGAAGGUCCAUUCAGUGUGUACUGUGACAUGAAGACAGACGCUGGCGGAUGGACGCAGGUGUUCCAGCGGCGUCAAGACGGCUCUGUUGACUUCUACCGUGACUGGGUGAGCUACCGCCAGGGGUUCGGUGAUCUGAACGGCGAGUUCUGGCUCGGCAAUGACAACCUGCACCGACUCACUGCUCAGGGCGUGUACCGACUGCGCGUCGAUCUCGAAGACUUCGAAAACAACACUGCGUAUGCCGUGUACAACACGUUUCGCGUUGCUGAUGGGAGGAACAACUACCGGUUGAGGGUGGCACGUUACUCGGGAACGGCUGGUAAUUCGUUGGCCAGGCUGCAACGCGUACGCCCAGCCUUUUCCACCAAAGACCGUGACAACGACUCGGACGACACUAAAAACUGUGCCGUAACCUACUCUGGAGCCUGGUGGUACAGAUCAUGUCACUCCUCAAAUCUGAACGGCAUGUACCUACGUGGGUGGACGGGUUUGCACGCCCAAGGUAUCAUUUGGUUCCACUGGAAAGGGAAUCGCUACUCACUGAAACGCACUGAGAUGAAAAUAAAAUACAAGGGAUAAGCAACUCUCUGGAAUUGAGGCCUAGGUGAUCAGUUAUGAUUGGCACUCAUCAAUUUAACAGAUAUUUAGGGAGUCUCCUCUAAUCAAACAAAGUGAUAUGUCAAGCACAUGUUAGGGGAGAUUUUGCAGUAGAGGAAAAGUGACGCUCUCCAGUUUCCAAAAGACUCCAUCGCUAACCUUCACCGUAAACGUUCGUCCUGGUGACAAGAUCAAACCCGUCUUUCUCUCACCCGCGGUACUUAUCUAAUAGGAAGACUUGUUGUCUUGUCGAAAUAAAUAAUAUCUUUAAUAUUCCCCAAACUGAUUUAUCAUGCACUUUAUGCUCAGUGCCUUUCAAACGCUUUUGAAAAAAUCCCCAGGAUGGUAAAGAAACACAAGUGUCAACUCUUCCAGGUUGAAGGGCUCAAAACGCCAAACACCAAGGAACAUGGCCAAAAUAAAAAAAAUAUUCCACCAAGACUGCCACUAAUGUCACCAUUAAUUCAUGACAAGUCAACAUAAUUGUUAAAAUUUCCACGCGAUAAUGACCUAUUGGAAGUAAAUGUAAAUGUCCAGAAUCCUCUUACGUCAUCUCACACGCUUUACCAAAUUUGCAAUUUUUACACGUUGAAAUAAUUGUCAUAUGCGACGGUCAAGUUUCCUUUCACAUCAGUUUGUACUAAUUAUUCACGAGUUUGAAAUGUGCCUCCUCCGCCCAAAAUGUUAUUUAUACAAUUAGGCCUACCAGAAUAUUAUAAAAGUUUUUAAGAUUAUUAUCCAAUACAAGCGUAGGUUAAUCGAAUGAAGGUCACUUAUAGAUUUCAAGGGUAAAUUCGAAUUUGUUAUCAUAAUCCUUUAGGUCCGUCUCAUAAUUUUUAAUUUACUGAAAUCUAUCACUUGCACAGUAUUCAAUUAAUGCACCUUUCAUUUCUUCCAAAUCACUGAAAUCAUAGACUCUGCACAGUAUCCAGUUCUAUGCAUCCUUCAGUUCUUUCUAAUCAUUGAAAUCGUUCAACAUUCCAAAACAACACACUUUACUUGUUAGAAUAGACAAAUGUCAACUUCUGUUAACAGAAAGUAACUUCUGUGAACUUCUCAAAGUUUCCUGUAUUUCUUAAAUUCGUAAAGUGUCCUUUUAAUGUCAUGUUUUCAAAGUCUGAAUUACCCCCUCUGUAAAGCCUCAAAGUCUUCUUUAAGUUCUGUUCUGCUUGUAUGUAACAUUUUCUGUCAACCUCUUCUUUCAUAUUCUCAGUUCCGCUUUUCAAUUCUUAAUUAAUUUCUAUUCUUAAUGUCUAAAUUCGUUAGUAAACUUCUGUCAAAUUCUCAAACAUUGACUUAAUGCAUAAAUGUUCAUCAGAUCACCAUUGGAGUUUUAAAUCUAGUGUAUUAGUGAUUCAGAGGCCUAUUGUCCACUUUUACAAGGUUACAAAGUCAAAGAUAUCUUGGUUUGCCAAUCAAGCACAUGUAUCUCUAUUCACACAAUUUCCUUGUAUAAAAUAAAACCAACUCAAAACCCAAAUGAC